AUGUGCCUUUUAUGCAACAAAGUUUUGGGCAAUGACGCUAUGAAACCAUCUAAACUGCAAGAUCAUCUGAGAAGAUGCCACCCUGAUAAAACAGAGAAAGAUGUGAAAUACUUUCAAACACUCAAAAAUAAAUUUCAGAAGAGACCUACACUGGACAGAAUGUUCGCUUCGACGUCACAAAGAAAUGAUGAUGGUUUGCGGGCGUCUUACAAUAUCUCGUUACUUAUAGCAAAAUCCGGAAAACCGCAUACUAUCGGAGAGAAGUUAAUUUUUCCAGCCGUUGAAGAGGUUUUAAAAACUGUUUUACACAAACCUGCACCUGAUAUCAUUAAAAGAAUUCCCUUAAGCAACAAUACUGUUGAAAGACGUAUUGAUGAAAUGAGUUCUGAUAUUGAAAGCUUCUUAUGUAAUUAUUUGCAAACGACCCAUUUCUCUAUACAACUGGACGAGUGA